AUUCUGCAAAUAUACGCUGCCGCUGGAAUACUAACAUUGUCAAUUACGACCGGUUGGUUGGUGAGAACGUCCUCGAAUUCAGCCGACAUGGUUCUAUAGUGUCGGCAGUCUAUGCGCCCUGAAAGAGGAUCGUUGUAAAGCAAAAGAGUGUGGCUGAAGGAAGAGCGGAGUACGCCCAGAUGGAGGCUUGAGGCAGGAUGGGAGGACGCGUCGUGGAAGCGUGACCGGCGCGUCGCGCCUCAUCCUGCUACGUCCACCAUGCGGGCGUCCUGCCGGCUGUACAUCCUCCUAUUCCUCUGCUACUCUGCUGUCUCUGUGAACGCCAUUCUAGGACACAAGUGGGAGGCUACGGACUUCUGCAAAUGCAUCUGCUUCCAGAAUUACACUAUCCUGCAUAUGCAGAUACCAGAUAAUCCGAAGCAGCCGUGUCUAUCAUGUACAAAGCAAUGGUGUCUCAAUCAGAACCUGCCUAUAUGUGCCAAUGCGAAGCUUGGUGUCGCGAACCCUGACACGGCAACAGGGAAGGAGGGCGACGUUGAAGCCAGAUGCUUCCAGAGGGAUUCACCUCGAGAUCAGUUGGUCGUAACCAUCUUCCUCCUGACAGUCUUCGGACUCCUUCUGGGUGCCGGCAUCAAAGCUAGGAUGAUCAAGGCGGGAUGGACACGAGUCUGGCAUGGAGUGCGGGUAGGAGAUGGUGGGAGGCCUGGGUCCCGCAAAGACAGCCUGAGGAUAUCAGGUUAGAUCUGAGUAACCGGGUGCGCGAACUUUGGAGUCGCAACCGCCAG